AUGGCAAUGCCCAUUCUUAAAUGUCCAUUUUUAUCUCAAUUAACUUUCCAACAAGUUCGAGCUUCAGCUCCACAUAUUCUUAGUACUGGUGUUGAAUCAUGUCCAAUAUUCAGUAAUUUUACUCGAAAAAUAUCAACAUCAAAUAUUCAUAACGCUAGUAAUUUAUCAUCAACAAAUGUUUCAUCAUCAAUGUCUCGUCCACUUAGUUUAAAUGAAAUAAAGGCUGUUCAUGAAAAAAUGCUCGAACAAAAAAAUCAUCAAUAUUUAUCAUCAAAAGUUAAACCAACCAUAUCAAAUGUUAACACAUUAAUGAAUACAAAAAUACCAACUCCAUAUGGUGAAAUUAUUAUUUCGGCUGAAUGUGAAGAUCUUUUAUGUCCAUUUUUAAAAGCAACACCAAUUGCAUUUCGACGUGUUAAUAUAGAUCAAGAUACAAUUGAAGUUAAUCGGAAAUUAAAUGCUGACAAAAUUGCACGUCCAAUAACAUUACCAAAGAUAGAUAAUGCAAAUCCAUUUGAAUACGAUGCUUUUUUUGAUGCAAAAAUUGAAGCAAAAAGACUUGAUAAUUCUUAUCGAGUUUUCAAACGUGUACAACGUAAAAGUGGUUGUUUUCCUCAAGCUGAAGAAAAAAAACACUUACACGAUGAUUUAGAAUCACGUACAAUAACUGUUUGGUGUAGCAAUGAUUAUCUUGGUUUAGGUCAACAUCCAAAAUUAAGAAAGGCAGUCAUUGAUGCAGUAACAGCACAUGGAUCUGGUUCAGGUGGUACACGUAAUAUAUCAGGUACAAGUCCAUUACAUGAAAAACUUGAAGAACAAUUAGCACGUCUUCAUCAAAAGGAAUCUGCACUUUUAUUCACAUCAUGUUACGUUGCAAAUGAUACAGCAUUGUUUACGUUAGCUAAAUCAUUACCUCAGUGCCAUAUUUUAUCGGAUAGUGGUAAUCAUGCAUCAAUGAUACAAGGUAUUCGAAAUAGUCAAGUACCUAAACAUGUAUUUCGACAUAAUGAUGUAAAUCAUUUGGAAGAAUUACUAAAAAAAAUCCCACGUCAUAUACCAAAAAUUGUUGCUUUUGAAACAGUUCACUCAAUGGAUGGUUCAAUAUGUGAUUUGGAAACAAUGCUUGAUGUCGCACAUGAAUAUGGUUCAAUAACAUUUAUUGAUGAAGUACAUGCUGUUGGAUUAUAUGGUCAUAAUGGAGCGGGAGUUGGCGAACGUGAUCAUGUUCUCCAUAAAAUGGAUAUUAUAUCAGGAACACUUGGUAAGGCAUUUGGAAGUAUUGGUGGUUAUAUUGCCGGUAGUGCUAAAAUGACUGAUUUUGUUCGAAGUUAUGGUUCAGGCUUUAUUUUUACAACAUCAAUGCCACCAACAGUCUUAGCUAGUGCUUUAGCAGCUAUUGAGGUUAGGAGUUAAGAUAUUAUGCUAAAUUUUUUUACUAAUAUGUUAAACUCUACUGGACCAUAUUGCUGAAUCUAAAAUGAUUUAAAUUCCUAUUGAGAUUUAACUAAGCUAUCGAAUUUUUUUCAAGAGAUCUCACGUUUUCGAAAAACCCAUAUGUUCGAAUUUCGAUCUGAAAUUUUACGCAUAUAGAGAAGUCAACUAGACUAAUUUCUAUAAAAAAAUUCAGAAGUUUCGAACAAGAUCUCUUCGAAAUAUGAGACUUUCAAGGUAUAGAUCCCUACUCAUGGAUAAUGUAUACAACGUGCAUUUUUUGAAAGUUUCAUAUCUCAAAGAGAUUUUAUUCAAAACUUUUGAAAUUUUUAAGGAAGUUAGUCUAGUUGAGUCUUCUCUUUGCACAAAGUUUCAGAUCGAAAUUCGAAUACAAGAGUUUUUUUCGAAAAUCUAUAACCUAUAGAAAAAGAAAUCGAUAGCUUACUCAAAUAUCAAUAGGAACCCAAAUCUUUCUAAAAUUUUUAUUAGACCACUAUGCAGUAUCUAUAGGGAAAUCAAAAACAAAAUAUACUAUUGAAAAGAGCACUCGUUAU